GACUUUUCUCGAUAGUAGUCAAUUUUGUUUGACAUACCAGAUGACAGUUUUUAAGUUUAUUCAUAAAUCAAUGUGUAAAUAUCACCAGAGAUAGUUUUUGUAUGUUCUGAUUUAACUUGUAUCAUGGAAGAAUCCAAUGAAGAAAAGAUUACCGAGAAGAAAAAUGAUAACGAGCCCAGUCUGCCAGACCUUAAACCCACUGAACCUGUCGACAACAUUACAAUUUUAUCAAGAGACUCAAUAGACAGCACUGAAGUCGUCGAAAAAGUCAUCGUGCCGGAUAAUAUUAAAACUGUAUUUGACAAGAAAGCUCCCAAAAACGUAGAGGACGUGCCAGUUAUUAAGGAAGAAGCACCUACCAAGGAGGAUAAGUCCAAAAAAGAAGACAACCUGUUAGAAAAUUCUCUCAAAGAGCCAGUCGAAGUACAAGCAGUAACACCAUUAAAGCAAUCGCAAAAAGCAACAGCAGAAAAGAAACGAGUGGGGUCUGCUUCUAGUGCUUAUGUCUCAGGAAAAAUUGACAAGAAUCACAGCGAUAUUUUUUCAUUAAAGGAAGAAGACACGAUAUCCUCUUACAUAUUUUCAGUCAAUGGUUCACCAUCACGAAAGGUUUAUCGCCAAGUGCAAAACAUACCCAGUAACAGUCCCUACCCUUUUGGACAAGUUGCUGAGCCUCACCCGAGUGAAAUCUCGCCGAGAGAUAAAAUGAGAGACAAGGAUAGUUACCACGAGGUGAAGAGACCUUCGCAUUGUCUUAGGAAUCCUCUCACAGGCACGGGACUGAGUUCCAACGACGAAUACAAAUACAAAGGGAAUAAAAGAACCGACGGCAAUCCUAUUUUAGGAUUAGGUUAUUCUUCCGAUAUAGCUCCAUCAACUCAUAGGAUUCCUCCAGGCGGUUACUCCCACAAACUCUGGUGAUUUACCGAUGAAGUAAUGCCGGAAAAAUUCUCAGUGGCAAUUGUCUUUUUGUUUGUUUUUGUGUAAUAUAUAGAACAGAACGUUUAUUAUUUUUACAUGUACAUUCGUUAUUAUAAAUAUCGUAAACUAACAAUAAAAGAAAUAUAUUAAUUUUAAUAAAAAUAUUUCAGUACAA